GAGAUCCAAAAACUUGAAGCGACCAGUGAGAACUAGAUUCCAGUAAGCAACAGCCAUGUCAAGGUCUAGGACACAAAGAAGACUUCUCCUUCAGUCGUGGAGUGGAGUAGAGAGCCAGGACAGUGCACAUAUUUCGCAGCAACAGUGACAGAGCGGCUGCAGUCCGGUUGUAGGAAGAAGGACAGAGGAGGACUUUGGAAAGUAAACAUCAUUCAGCUUGACUCAUGCUCACAAAGAUCUCUUUUUCUUCAACACUCUUCACACUCAGGUGAAGACAGAAGUAAAGGUUUGGAUGCAGGUUGUGUGUUGGCUGCUGUGCCUUGGCACAGCGGGGGCACUUGCUGUGCUGCAGAAGGACCAAGUGGCCAAGAACGCCAUCAAGCUUUAUCAGAGCAAGGGGGCCCCACACGGCCACAGCUGGGUGGCCAGCAACUGCAAGCGGCUUGUGGGUCUCCUGCGUCAGAAGAAUGUGGUCGUCAGGAAGCUGUCAGCAGCUGCUAAUGGUGUUAGACGAGACCGGGCCCUCUCAGAACCAGAGAGGCUCUUCCAGGUUCACACACUGGAGGUUUUCCAGAAAGAGCUGAAUGAGAGCGAGCACCUGGUGUUCCAGGCAGUGCACAGCCUGCAGAGGGCGCUGCAGGGAGACUACAAGGAUGUGGUCAACAUGAAGGAGAGCAGCAGGCAGAGGCUGGAGGCCCUCAGGGAGGCAGCCAUAAAGGAGGAGCAGGAGUAUGUGGAGCUGGUAGCUGCUGAGAAGCACCAGCAGGAAGCUGUAAAGAGCGCUUUAACCCAGAAUAAGACUCUGUCCAUGCUGGACGAGAUCCUGGAGGACGUCAGGAAGGCAGCAGACCGGCUGGAAGAGGAGAUCGAGGAACAUGCCUUUGACAACAACAAACAGAUGAAAGGAGUGAAUGUAGAGGCAGUAUUGAGAGUGGAGGAUGACGAGGAAAAUGGCGGAAAGAGAAAGAACAAGUCCAAGCAAAAGGAAGUGGAAGAUGACCUGGGACUGAGCAUGCUCAUCGACUCGCAGAACAAUCAGUAUGUCCUCACAAAACCACGAGACUCCACGAUGCCAAGAGCAGACCAUCACUUCAUCAAGGACUUGGUGUCAGUGGUGAUGCUGUCGCUGCCCUGUGGUUGGAUUUGCAGUCUGGUUGGUCUUCCUCCCAUGUUUGGAUACAUCAUCUGUGGGGUCCUGCUCGGUCCCUCUGGCCUCAACAGCAUCAAGUCUAUGGUCCAGGUGGAGACUCUGGGGGAGCUGGGUGUGUUCUUCACACUCUUUGUGGUGGGAUUAGAGUUCUCACCUGAGCGCCUUCGAAAGGUAUGGAAGACAUCAGUCCAGGGGUCGUGCUACCUGAGUCUUCUGAUGGUGGGGGCCGGUUUGUUGUGGGGCCAAGUCCUGCGUAUUCGACCCACCCAGACUGUCUUCAUUUCCACAUGUCUCUCCCUGUCCAGCACUCCACUCGUGUCCCGCUUCCUGGCAGGGGGGAGCAGAGGAGACAAAGAAGGUGAUCUAGACUACAGCAGCGUUCUCCUCGGGAUGUUAGUGAUGCAAGAUGUUCAGCUUGGCCUCUUCAUUGCUGUCAUGCCGACUCUGAUCCAGGCUCAGAGUGGAGACUUGGACAGCUUCCUCUUUGGAAGUCUGCGUGUUUUUUACCUCCUGGCCCAGGUCCUGGUCUCUCUGGUUGCUGUGCUGCUGCUGUGUUUGUUACUCAAAUCGUUCCUGAUUGGCCCGUAUUACAAGAAACUGCAUGCUGAGAGCAAAGGCAACAAGGAGAUCCUGGUACUUGGGAUGGCAGCUUUUGUCUUUUUCAUGCUGACGGCAACAGAGUUUCUGGAUGUGUCUAUGGAGUUGGGUUGUUUCCUGGCUGGAGCUCUGCUGUCCACACAGGGUCACAUGGUGACCGCAGAGGUCAUGGGAUGCAUUGAGCCAAUCCGAGAUUUCCUCGCCAUCAUCUUUUUUGCCUCUAUCGGCCUCCACGUGUUCCCGACUUUUGUGCUGUAUGAACUCACCAUUCUGCUGGUGUUAACACUCACACUCGUCAUAAUGAAGUUCAUGAUGGCCGUACUGGUGUUGUCGGUUAUCUUGCCUCCAGGCUCUCGACACAUACGGUGGAUUGUCUCGGCAGGUCUGGCUCAGGUCAGCGAAUUCUCCUUCGUCUUGGGCAGCCGUGCGCGUCGUGCUGGCAUUAUCUCCAGAGAGGUGUACCUGCUGGUUCUCAGCGUCACCACCCUGAGUUUGCUGCUGGCACCAGUUCUGUGGAAAGUUACCACACACAAAUGGGUUCCCCGGGCCGAACGCAAAACUGUCACAUGACCAGAGUGGCAUCAAGGCCAAAGGGUUCCCAUGUACUGUAACUGUUACAAAGACGAGUUUGGUCACUUACAGACGCUCUCACGUUAACGCACACAAUAAUACGACUCUGCCUGUUCGACCAAUACUUCCUAAUUGUCUUCUCGAUUCAGCAGAUUCAGUCCACUCCAUGUCUCCACGCCAAGAGCAUUGAAACUUGACCAUCCAAGAACUGUUAACCUUCAGUCUUUAAGGUCUUGCUUCAUAAGACAUUUCACACACACACACACACACACACACACAAAAAAUAGAUAAUAUCCAUAUAUUGCAACAUAGCUGAACCCUUCUGCUCUUUUGGCAAAAAACAACAGUCGUA